UUAUGUAGAGCAUAGGCAGUUGAACAAAGAUAGAGAACGCAGGUAUAACUUUGCACAUUUGAGAAUCCGGUUGACAAGGUAUGUGGCAGAACUUGGCAAGUUGAACAGACCUGAAUCACUGGACAAAGAUAUGGGAUUUGGUGAAUCAAAACCAGCAGCCCCAGCCCCAGCCCCAGCCCCAGCCCCAGCCCCAGCCCCAGCCCCAGCUCCACCUAAAGUUUUUGACGAACCAUGGAGGAACACACCCUGGGAUGGAAGAGAUAAGUUGUUGGAGGACCUGAGGGCAUAUGUUCCAUGUAACCCUGACAUAGAACAUGUUAGGAUUCUGCUAGAUGGACCGAUCGGAGCGGGCAAAUCCAGCUUCAUCAACUCCAUCAACAAUGUCUUUCAGAAUAAAAUUACAAUGAAAGCCCAGGUUGAUUCUGCAAUGGCUGAUAAAAGCUUCACCACAAUAUACAAAACACACAAAAUUGAGAAUCGAAAAACUGGAAUCUAUUACCCGUUUGUCUUCAAUGAUGUCAUGGGUUUUGAGAAACAGAGUGGCAAAGGAGUGAAUGAAGAUGACCUCAUCAAAGCACUGACAGGACAUGUAAAAGAGGGUCACAAGUUCAAUCCGAUUCAUCCACUGACCGAAGGCGAUUUGGGCUACAAUAAAUCUCCCAGUCCAAGUGACAGAGCCCACUGCCUGGUCAGUCUGAUUCCAGCAGAUAAGAUUGCGCUCAUGGAUGAUGAUGUCAUCAAGAAGAUGAGGGCCAUUAGAGUAAAGGCCAGUGAAUUGGGAAUUCCCCAAAUGGUCAUCCUCACCAGGGCUGAUAUGGCUUGUCCAUUGGUGAAAGACAACUUGAGAAAUAUGUAUCUAAGCAAGUAUAUCAAGGAGAAGAUGGAGAAAUGCAGUAUAAGGCUGGGUGUCCCAGUGAACUGCAUCCUUCCUGUGAGGAACUACCAUGAGGAAAUCGACUUGGACAACGAGAUGGAUGUGAUGCUAUUGAGAGCACUGAAGCAGAUGGUCAACUUUGGAGACGAUUUCCUAAAGGAGAUGGAACAAUCUUAAACAAAACUUGUGCCUAAGCUAUCGACACCAUCUGUGUGCAGCAUGCCCGACAUAGUAUAACAUGUAUUGUGGUCUCAGCCAUAGUUGAAAAUGGCAGAAACAGCUGCCCAUUGAUAUAGUGUGAUAGAAUGAAAUGCGCCUUAAUAAUAACAAAAUAAUAAUACAGCAUCAUCAUGUGUACCAGUAAGCAAUAUGCUAUUAAUUUAUCUAAAUGUUGAUAAUACGAUCUGUGUUCUCUAUUGAUGUCUGUUUGAUCUGAGUUUGAUUGGUUAUACCUAGAAAUUCCUAAAGGCGCAUGCCAUGUUUGUUUUGUGAAAAUACUUAUUACAGGUGACUUGAAGCCGAAUCAUUUGAAUCAAGGACCAUUUGUCACGAGAAUUUCUAUCUCUAAUUAAUCAAACUUAAUGCUUUGAAUAACUCCCAGAGGGUGUAAGGCUCUGGUUUAAUCAUUAAUUAAACGAAGGUGUCGCAACCAACAAGAA